AAGGAAUUUGAGCCUAAGGAAUUUGAGGCUUUGAGGCUUGAGCAAAAACCAGUACGAGAAUUUCUCGAAGUCCAGAGGGCUAGACGGUUUCUGCAUCAGUUUUCCGCACCAACACUGUAAUUAAUAAUGCCUGACUUUCUACCUCCAACGCAUCUAUGCGAAAUAAUGUGAAGCUUUUUGUCCGCAUUUUACCGUCCACAAUGGACGGCCUUUCAGCGGCGUUGAGCACACGAGAUAGUGCGGCAGGAAAACUUCCAAUCAUCUCGAGUCAAGGCCUUUCGGCACUCAAUUGGGUUGGAGUCGCCCUCGCUUUGGUCCUAGUCGCCAUCCGAACCUAUAUCCAAUACCGCAAUGCCAAACGUUUCUUCAUCAACGACUACUGGAUCUUCUUGGCCAUGCUGAUACACAUCGCGACUGCGAUCGUCUACCAGACUGCCAUUCCGGCCAUGUACGAGCUGGCGUACGUAUCGGCGGGCGUUGAACCGACAGAGGGAUUUACAGAUAGAGCAAAUAUGUUUCUGCGACUGAUCUUUGCCAGUGACCUCCUGCUCUGGACCACCUUGUGGUGCGUCAAAUUCUCGCUCCUCUUUUUCUUCUGGCGAUUGUUCGACUCUGUUCAGUCACCUAUGCGAAUCUUCUGGUGGAUUAUGGUCGCUGUCACUGCUGCCACAUAUAGCACCUCCGUCGUACUGCAGAUGUUUGCCUGCUUUCCAAUCCGAGAUUUCUUCACCAUCGGACGUUGCGGGUCAACAAAAGACAUUUUCUACUCGAAUCUUGUCUUUCACUUCUCUGUCGGCUCGGAUAUAGCGGGCGAUGUGCUCAUCAUGUUAAUCCCCUUCCCUCUCCUCCGCAAACUCCAAAUCAAACCACGCCAAAGAAACAUCCUGAUCCUGGUCUUUCUCUUCCCAAUUAUCCCUAUUGUCUUCGGCAUUCUGCGUCUUGUCGAGGCUAACGCCACCACCGACAAUGUUGACCCCAUUCGCUUCACCCUGUGGUCCAUGCUGGAGAAUAUAUCUGCCAUUAUUGCCUCCUGUCUCCCGGCCUUGCGUCUAUUCGUCUUUAGUUCCCGAACUUCCACUUACCCUGCGGGGUCGUCGUCGUACUCACGAAAAUACCACCGCCGUGCUGAAAGUCAUCCGCACUCCUUCAAUGGCCAUAAUUCCUCAGUGCCACUGGAAAAUCUCAUCGAGACAAACACCGAUUAUACCUUGGAGCACACGGGCAAACAUGGAACACCUGCAUCCCGGGAAAGCCAAGAGGAGAUUCUGAAGUCGACGAGUGGUGUCAUGGUCACGAGGGAGUUCCAGCUGUCAGGGUGACGUGAAAAAUAGCUGCCAGGAGCAGGAUGCAAACAAUACAAAUAUAGAUUAUGAUAUUAGAAAGCUAGAAUACUAAAUAAAUGAAACAAUAGCAAAUGCAUAUGUAACUUAG